GGCAGUGCAGAGGUGGACAGACCACAGGGUGAGGCACUGCCCUGUGCCCCUGCGUGCAGCCGGCCACCCGAAACCCCAUGGGUUCCCCAGCCAGGAGGGGAAAGUGGCCUUCACACCACCCAGGGGCUGCAGCCGUCCUCGAUGCCCAGCCUGGCUCCCGCUCCCGGCUGUGUGAAGCACCCUUUUCCUGAGCCGGAGGGAUCGGCUGCUGUGGGGAGGUGAAACGAGGACCCUGACGGUGGUAGGGACAGAGCCGGGAGCAGCCUCCCACGGCAUCGAGGCCUCGGACCCGUCUCCUCCAUCCCAGAGCGCCCGCGGCGGCUGGGCUAUCAUGGCAACCUCCCCACAGAAGUCUCCUUCUUCACCCAAGUCCCCCACCCCGAAAUCUCCCCCGUCCAGAAAGAAAGAUGACUCCUUCCUGGGCAAGCUCGGCGGCACGCUGGCGAGGAGGAAAAAAGCCAAAGAAGUAUCUGAAUUACAGGAAGAAGGAAUGAAUGCCAUUAACUUACCUCUCAGUCCAAUUCCAUUCGAACUAGACCCUGAGGACACUAUGCUAGAGGAAAAUGAAGUUCGAACAAUGGUUGAUCCAAAUUCAAGAAAUGACCCAAAAUUACAAGAACUAAUGAAGGUAUUAAUUGACUGGAUUAAUGAUGUGUUGGUAGGAGAGAGGAUUAUUGUGAAAGACUUGGCUGAAGACCUGUAUGAUGGACAAGUAUUGCAGAAAUUAUUUGAGAAACUCGAAAGUGAGAAGCUGAAUGUUGCUGAAGUUACUCAGUCUGAAAUUGCUCAGAAACAGAAGCUACAGACAGUGCUCGAAAAGAUCAAUGAAACCCUAAAACUCCCUCCAAGAAACAUUAAAUGGAACGUUGAUUCUGUUCAUGCUAAAAGUCUCGUAGCAAUACUUCAUCUUCUAGUUGCGUUAUCGCAGUAUUUUCGAGCACCAAUCAGACUCCCAGACCACGUGUCCAUUCAGGUUGUCGUUGUGCAGAAACGAGAAGGAAUCCUCCAGUCUCGACAAAUCCAAGAGGAAAUAACUGGUAACACUGAGGCAUUAUCAGGAAGGCAUGAAAGAGAUGCAUUCGAUACUUUAUUUGACCAUGCUCCAGACAAACUCAAUGUGGUGAAAAAGACUCUCAUCACCUUUGUGAACAAGCAUCUGAAUAAAUUGAAUUUGGAGGUUACUGAGCUGGAGACUCAGUUUGCAGAUGGUGUGUACUUAGUCCUGCUAAUGGGUCUCCUAGAAGGCUAUUUUGUUCCUCUACACAGCUUUUUCUUGACUCCUGAUAGUUUUGAACAAAAGGUCCUCAAUGUAUCCUUUGCAUUUGAGCUCAUGCAGGAUGGUGGAUUGGAAAAACCAAAGCCAAGACCAGAAGAUAUUGUAAAUUGUGACUUGAAGUCUACACUGAGAGUACUGUACAAUUUGUUUACCAAAUACAGGAAUGUGGAAUGAAGAGUUGACUUGGGACAUAAAGGAGUGUUAACAAAGAAAGCAUCAUAAAUAGCAUCUUUUUCAUCGGUAUUCCUCUGCAGCUUUAUCCUAAAAGGAACUAAACCAUUUAUCUGAUGAAUUUUUAAUUGAUUAUUCUUGCACUGCUAUUUUCAUAGUAGAUUUAAAACUAAUAUAAAUUAUGAAGAAAAAGGUUUGGCAGAAGGUAUUAGGGAAUUUUCUGUGAGAAUUCAUGUCUCAGUAAUGACUGUUCUCACACGCUUUUGUAGUAGGUGAAGCAAGAAUGAAAAAAAGAUUUACCUUCAAUUGAAAUCAGCCUUUGAAGCCAAUCAUAGGAAGAUUCGGCGCUGAGUAUCUAUUUAAAUGGUUUUUACAUAUAUAUUUUCUAAUAGAGGUAUUUUCAACCCAUGAUGAGGUGAUUGCAUUCUAAUUAUCAGAGAUGUGCGUGGGGAGAAACAGUAAAAUACUCUUGUUCACUUCUCAGCUCAAAAGAAGAAACUUUCUCAAGCACUUAACUUCGAUGAAUUUACAUUUCCAGUGCUGUUAGGCUUGAAUUUUAUGGGUACUCAUUCCUUCAGACUUAUUAUAAAUGUGAUACUCUGCUUUAAAUAUGUGUUAUUGAGCAUUCCACGUAAGCACACUUUGCAUACAUACCUGUAUGAUACAGUUUCCCUAUAAUAUUUGUAUUAUUACAUAGCGUUAGAAAGUAAAAGAAUGGCUUGUUUUUCUUUUAGUAGUUUAAACACAGGAUUACUAGAUUGCAGGUAUAGAUUUAUUGCUAAAUAGAGUUUAGAAUCCGUCCCUUCGGUUGAUUUUAUGAGGAAUGUAUUUUACUGCGUAAUGAUCAACACAAAAAAUAAGAUUUAUUUUCCAGAAACAUUCCUGUAGCCUUUCAGAUACAAAAAGCACUGCUUUUAGGUCAGAACUAGUCUCAUCUGCAAAGACUCUGUUACACUGUAAGGCUAUGUGGUCAUUUUACAUGGUUAUGAAAAGGACUUUUUUUUCUAAUUGUAACUAAGUGUAAGCUUAAAGAGAAAUAGGAGUUGAUUCUUCCCUUAGAGUUGAUAUCAAGCACCAGUUAUGUUUCCAUAAAGAAGCUGAUAGAGUCUUCUUGACAUGAGUGUUAAUCGUCAAGAACUGCACGAACUUAAAUUGAAGAGUAAAUUAAUAAUCUCCUAGAAGUCAGUUGCUAUUAGUGUUAGAUACUUUUCUAAAAUAAUUGUUCCAAUGCAACUACAGGUGCUUGGGAGCCCAGGAUACACAGUAAGGAAAAGAGUCCUUAGGCAGGAAUUACCGGACGACUGUUUAGAAAUCUUUGGCCUACCCAGUGCAGGGAGGAGGUUUGUGAAUAGUCACCCAGCGGUGGCAGAACUGGUACAGGUCAAAGGGAGAGUGAUCUGUCAGCUCCUGAGUCUGUUCAUCUGAAGAAAUGCAGUGCUGGCAAGAACAGUCACUAACAGCUAGUUAGUAUAUGAAGCAUCACAUUUUUCACUUUUCCAGGGCUUUUUUUAAUGUAGAGUUUUCCAGUGCAACAUUAGCAUAAAGGGAAGAUGAGCAAUUAUGUUCUGUCUUUGAUGAACACUAUCUGAUGUUUAAUAACAAGAUGGUACUGUCUUCUGCUGAGGGGCCACAGAAAUUAUUAUCCUGAGAAGUAAACAGCAACUUUUGCAAAGGAAAGGCAAUAUUUAAUUCCAAGGACAAUACCUGAAUGUUCUCUGAACUCAUAAAUUGUUAUAAGCAUUCUAAAUAUCUUUUGAAAAGUAUUUUUGCCUCUAUAUUGUUAACUGAGUUUCUGAAAUUAGAGGUGCAGAAGAUAACAAUUCUUUUCCUUUUACGUAGGUAAACAACUGGGUAUUUCAGCCUUGGUGAAAAUGAACAUGUUUUUAUUAUACCUUGAAUAUCAGAGAAGCUAAAUGAUAGGAAUUAACAGAGGAUUUUUGGAGCAAACUUAGACAGAAUUUCUCAUGUAUAUACCAGCAGCAUUCUCACCUUAUUUUUAUGUUUCACAUGUAAGUUUUUAAUUUGCACACCUAGAUUGUAGUAAUUGUAAUUUUUAAUUUAAAAAUAUAUUAUGUUUUUUCUGAAGAUCAUGCUUAGCUGAAAUAUUCUUCUACAUCUUAGCAAUGCCAAAACAUCUUAAUUGCCCUUGUUUUCAGGAGUGCACUUUCUUUCAAGAGUAGGUUUAUAUUUGUAAAGGAAAAAGGUUAGGAACAGUGAAACUGGUUUUUGCCUGGACUUGAAAAUAAGUAUUCUCAUGCUAUAUUGAUGGAACAUUAUGGGAGUUUUUGAAGUCUAUCGGACUCUGUUUUCAAUCCUUAAAAACCAUGGAACUGGGACAGAAUGAUGAAAUUCUCAUGCUGAAAUGCAAUUAUGCAGAACUAUAGAAACAUGUAAACAACAGCCAACCUUUACAUAAUUAUUCUAUGGUAAAAAUUUAUGUAAAUUAAAAUCUGCUAUAUAAACAAGAGUAUCCUAUGUAAAUAUAGACCCAUCUGAUAGUUCUAACACAUUUACACAAAUAGUAUAUGCUGCCAUGUAGGAGUGGGUCACAGCUUAUAUUUUUGACAGUGUAGAUUUAAAUAGCUAUGAGAUAACUAUGAAAUCUAAUAUAGAGAUUAUAUCUAAUAUUUAUUGCUUUGAUACAGAAUACUAUAGAAAUAUAGAAUACUACUGUAGAUAGUUUGCUCUUCAGCAAUUAGUGUAAGCCAGCACCUUCCUUCGGGGAAGUGAAAUGUUAAGUCAGCUCUGCCAAAUUCUGUGGACACCUGUGAUGCUUUUAUCCUUAUACAGAGUGAUCUAUACUGAUGUAUAGCUGAAGGCAGAAUUUUCCUCGCUGUUUAUAUUAGAAGUUGUUUUAAGUUUUAGGGCAAUCCUGCUUUUAUUUAUAAUUACUUUAAAUGAUUAAAUAGAUCCAAAUCGAUGGAUUUAGCCCAUGUAAGAUAUGAACAGUCACUUGGAGAGGCCAGUUUCUCUGCUGGUCCCAGAGGGAGCCUCUGGUCCUGAGGCAGCUAUCUCAGCGCUUUGGCUGGGCUCUAAAGCCAAGUAGUAUGAAUCCAAGCCACUGCCUUAAGAGCUCAUGGUGGUAUUUGGAUCUCAUCCACCAGACCAGUGUGUUUGUCUCAGGCACAUGGAGGCCCACAGGUAGCUGAGUCCACCGCAAACUGGCAGGUUAUCAGCCUGCCUUGAGUACCAAACAAACAGAAAACAUUUCUGCUGCUGUGCCUUACGAAGCUGCCCAAAGAACAGAGUUCCCUGUGCUUCUCUGACUUCUAAUCCAUCCAUUGCAUUCAGCAGUAUGGUAUCCAGAUUUGUCUUGUAGUUGGAGAUGGACAUCUCUUCCCUGUAGAUGGAUCCUGGCAUGCUCUGUCAACCACACAAAACUGUUAAUUUUUUCAAAGAGGAACUACAGAUUCUUCAUAGUAUAUAAAAAAAAAGAUAUUGUCAAAAUAAUUAUUUAAAAUCCUUAUAUCUUGAGAUUAACUUCUUUCAGGUUUCUUUCCCAGCUGACUGGCAUUUAUUUGCCAUAAAGAACAGGCCCAAGGAAAAAAAAAAGGUAUUGAAGGAAUUUUUGACCUGAGACACACACAUGUAGCCCAGAAUUGGAUUGCUCUGUAUUUCCAAUGGACUACAAAUGCACCAAGUUUUUUAUUGAGUGAAGCAGACUGCAGAGUAUCUAGUUUUUUACAUUUCUUAGUCAGUAGGUACCUUUCUGUUAGAGGGGGGAGGCAGCCCUUGCAGCUGCAUGGUUCAGGAAUUCAGGUGGACCAGCGAGUGCUGGAGAAGGCACUCAUCUGCUUCGAUUGACUGUGGACCAAGUUGCUGAUUGACAUGUCUCCAUGUAAAACAGUGGCAUUAAAUCAACAGAGCUUUUGGUCCUUUCUGUUUUACAGAGAGUUACAGUACUUGGCAAUGGUUUACAUUCAGGCAGACUAUAUAGAUUGAGGUAAACGCUACUUGGUUGACUUCUGUUCUUGUUUUCUUAAAGUGCGUUUUUUAAUUCAUGUUUUAGAUUAAUUUAGCAGAAACCUUACUGCAAACCACAGUGUUGUAAAGCAGAAGGGAUUUUAAAAGUAAUGGGUUUUAUUUCAUUAGAGAAAGAUAUAUAUGAUCUUUAAUAUACUAGAUACUAGCUUUAGGUCUAGCUUUUGUUAUUCUUGUCUUCCUGUCAAAACAUUCUUCAUGAAUGGCCUGUGUGUGUGCCAAGUACCAAAGAGAAAACAGUGCCUUGAAGACCUCUUGCAAGGUUUUCUACACAGUUCCCUAAUAGAUCGUACGAAUUAGUGUGGGUUUUCUCUUUACUCUUAAAGUACAGUUAAAGACUAAAGAAAUCCGUUGUAGAAAGCUUUAUGAUUAGUUCUAGGUAAGAUAUUUUGAGUUGAUGUAUCACAUGAAAAAUAGAGAUAGCAGCACCAAAAUUCCAAAACUAUGCAUACCUCAGCAUCAACAGAUUUUCCAAAGAGAUGUUGUGUCGUUUAAUGUGUACUAGGGCUAAUUUUAUGUAUUUUGACAAAAUUUUCUGUGUUACUAUUUCUUUUUGCAAUAAUGAAUUUUUCUUUUCUGUCUAACACUUUAAUACUACACAAGCUGCAACAAUGUUAGUGUCAUUGAAAUAUUUGGUUCUCAAUUUCAGUAUCAAACUAAUUGAGAAUAAAGGAUAUUUGAAAAAUUUGCUUCUCAACACAUGUAUCUGAAAAUAAUUGUUAGUUUAAAUUAAGCUGCCUUCAACUGCAGAGAUAGUGGCUUUCACAGAAUAUAUUUGUGUACUCUAUAAGAGACACUCUAUUGCUGAUUUUUUCCUGUGCUUUUUCUGAAACCUUUGUUAAGAUCCACAAUAAAAUUUGCACCUGAAAAUCAA